AUGUUCAGCACAAAUGCAUCUUCCUCUGCGGACUAUGUUCCCCUUAUCACCACUGUGAACCAGUCGGAAGACCGACGAUGGAAGGAAUCUUCUCGUCCGGAAGCAGCACAGACUUCCGCAACUCAGUGGAUUUUGACCGCCUUGAUUUCUAUUGUGGCCAUAUCUUCCGCGUUGUUCUCUUUCAACCUAUCUAGUGCUCCGUCUCUGCCGCUAGACCCUGCUGGCCUCGAAAAACUGAAGCCUUAUCCUAACUUGGAGAAAACCUCGGAGUUAUUUUCCGAAAAGAAUGCACCGAAGACAUGGUUUCCAAAUACAAUCGUCCAUACUAGCUCAGUUGAACCAGACAAGCUCAGUACUCCUAGUAGUCACGUUCUUCUCAGUUCGACGGAGUCGACCUUCUUCCGCUGGUCAACCUCUUUCCAAGAAUAUGCCCUCUGCUACAUCACCGCCUUUGUUAGCAAUGCUUCUACUCUCGCCUCAAGUACGAAAUCAUUCACAUCUACAGGCAACAUCUCUGCUCUCGAAGUCUGGAACGUCACUUCCAUAUCAUCCUCCCAGUUUAAGUCCGGGUUUACCUGGUCUACUCGUCCCCGGCGUCUCAACCUCAUAGGCACCACGAAUUUCUCAUCCGAGCACGCUAGAGAAGGGGAGAUGGGUUGGCAGCUGAAGCCUCCGACCCCGCGGUUUGAGUGUGGCGGGACGAGGGAGACCAUGAUCGAGGUGGCCUGCCCAGAAGAGGCUGCUGGAUGUAAGCUGGAAUUUGAGCAGGUAUUUUCCGAGCCGGCGUUAUCGUUUGAUUUGCAGGAGCUUCGUUGA